AUGGGUAUUGAUCACAGGGAGUCAUGGGAUUCUCUCACGUCCGCGCUCUCCAGCCUUGAUGUUUCGUUUUCGCAAGAUAGCUGCUAUGGCUCGGAUGAAUACUCGAUCACGUCAAACCCUGCCGGCCCGCUCCAGUCGAGUGUGUCGAGCGUGUCGACCUGUCUCGCUACACGGGAGCCGGACCUGCACAAGUUUUUGAAGCCGAUCUUGAAGAACUCUACCAGUUAUGUGGAGCUUGAUGCGCAUUCUGAAUCGGGCUAUGGCUCGGACGAAAUCGACUCGGAUUACGACGAACUGUCUGACCAGAAAGAGGACGACGAAGAGGAUGACGACGACGGCAACUCUUCCGACUUCUCGGUCUGGGACGAGACUUCUGGGGACGUUCCGGAGACCCAGGAGGACCACACCGAAUCCUUUGACGAUUCCUUCAUCACGUUCGAGACCGUGGGCGUUCACUUUGAUACCGACGUGCAUUAUAUCGACACUCCUGAACUCUCCGAGGACGACGAAGCCUCCGGCUCCCAGAUGACCGUCCAUGAGAUGAUGCUCGCGCACAAACCCGGCUCCCCGAAUGUAGUGAAUUACCUCAAUGGCGUUGACACUUCGGAGAAUGAAGACGGCCACCAAGAGUUCGUCCGUCACGUUGCAAACCCACCAGAAGAAUUCAGCCGCGAUGCAGUCGACCUGGACCGGCGCCUGUUCGUCGCUUACAUGAACGGCAUCCAUGGAAUUGCCGACAGCAAAUACAAAACCUACCUUCACGCCCAAGUGGACAACAUCCGGGUGGGUCUGGAGAGCGACUCCUUCGACUCGGACGACUCGGCCUGCAUGUACCUCGAUCUGAUUUCGAACCAUGUCAACGGCGUUUUUCGCAAUUUGCUGGCCGAUGACGAAGUCAACGAGCUCGUCGCCCUGUACGAAGAAGAACAAACGACCACCCUUACCCCGACCCCUCACCAGACCUUGCUCGACAAAAUCGAGCAUUUGUUACAGGAUCGUCUGGCGAAUGGGCGUGUGGAAGUCUGCCCGGACGAGCUGAGCUUUUUCGCCGGCGGGGUGGUGCACGCCAUCGGCGGCUGGCAGUGA